UGCUUGGCACGAUACUCCCAAACGGCGGAGAGCCAAAAACGAUUUGAAAAUCUGAAAAGUAGAAAUGGAAAAUUGAUGAAGUCAGUAGAAGAGCACCAAACUCACUGAAAGAUCAAUGGUUGGGGAGGUGACGAAGACGUCUCCUGGUGUGACCAAAAGGAUAGUAUGAACUGUGUCCGUAACUAAAGAAGAGUCGCGUUGCGCUGAAGUAGUCGCCCUAAUGCUGUUCUCGAGCUAUAGGACAGUGGCUUACAUGACUGGCGGUGCCGAUAGCAGUGUUUCCAGUUGUGACAGCAGUAGUGUCUUGCCCGUUAGCAGUGAUGUAUCAAAUAGCACCGGCAGUGUUGGAUAUACUGGCGUGGAUAAUAAAGAUUGGCUGAUAAAGCUCGGUCGUAGCGGUUGGCUCCUUCAUGGAGGUUGUGGUUACAACCAAGCGGACAAGAUAUCUUCGGGCUUCGACUUCGGCUGUCAACUCGGAUGCCUUACUCCAUAUUUCGGUAGGGAUUUAGUUCUCCAUGUGAAAUGUGGACUUUGA